GAAAGUGUAUCACCGAGAAGCUCACAGGCCAUUUUUUUUAAAAAAACUACUCCGAUUUUUCUGUUUGUGUGUGAACGUUUUAGUUUUUUCUUCAUGUGUACGUGUAUUUUAUCUCAACAUGGCUGAGAAGUUUGACAAUCUUGAAGAGCAUCUGGAGAAAUUUAUCGAGAAUAUACGACAGCUGGGAAUCAUCGUUAGCGAUUUUCAACCGAGCAGCCAAACAGGACUCAAUCAGAAACUAAAUCUGAUGAUCACAGGACUGCAAGAUAUUGAGAAGUGCCGGCAACAGCUUAAUGACAUCCACGUACCUUUGGAGGCAUUUGAAUACAUCGAUCAGGGCCGCAAUCCUCAGCUUUACACAAAAGAGUGUUUGGAGCGAGCCUUGGCUAAAAACGAACAGGUGAAAGGGAAGAUCGACACCAUGACGAAGUUUAAAAGUCUCCUCAUCUCUGAGCUGGGGAAGGUUUUUCCCGAAGAAAUGGCCAAAUAUAAGGCGAUUCACGGAGACGACCCUCCUUCAUAGCCACCGUAAAAGCAGUGAAGCCAGUUUGUACAUAUGUCCAUACUCACACAUUUUCUACAGUUCAGAGCAUCGGUCAUGCUUUACAUUUCUACAGCUUUUCCAACGUUUAUAUUUGCAGUUGUAUUUCUCCGAGAUAUUGCGUCGGUGUAACGGAACAAUUUGAAUUGAUUUUUUGUGCGUGUGUAACGGAUUGUAAUUUACUUUUUCCUUUAUUUUAUUAAAUAAAUAAUUAUUAUAAUAUACUAUAAAGCUGUGUUUAUUAUUUCUCAACAAUUCAAAAAGCUGUUUAGAGACCCGAGAUCAAAAAUCCCACGCAUAAGGAAAUGUAUUUAGUCAAAUUUGCCUGCAACGCUGCUUGAAACCAUAUCUCAGUAAAUUGCUAACUCCCUUAAAGUGCACCUAUUAUGGGUUUUCUAAUAUGACCUUUCAUGUAAUGUGUGAUAUAUGUAGCUGUUUGUGAAUGUAAAAAUGUCUGCGAAGUUUCCAAAAUCAAAGUGCACGACAAACGGAGUUAUCGACUCCCAAAAUAAGGAAGUGAUUCUGAACAGCUGAAACGACUCAGUGAUUCCGGACCUUACUUCCUGUACUAACCUACGUAGGUUUGUAACAAAAAGCCCCUCCUCUGGUCUUCAUCGGCUGCUCGCUGACAGACGGAGCUGAAAUUCCUUACGGUAGUGGGUGUUUCCUUUUCCGAUAGCGGUAGACCAAUCACAACAGACUGCGACAUCUGACCAAUCAGAGCAGAGUAUGCUCUCUGAAAGGAGUUUAGAACGAAUCAUUUAGAACGAAUCAUUUAACGAGUCGUUUGUGACACUGCGGGAUAAAGAUAAUGCUGCAGUUUAAAUUAUGAGCAGGAUAAAGUGUUUUUUUUUUGAGCUUGGAUGCAUGUAAAUCUAUUCUAUGAGAUCUUUAAAACAAAAUUAGGCACGUUUCAAAUCCAUAAUAGGUGCGCUUUAAAUCCUUGGGCCAUGCAUUCAGUGGCAGUGGUGCUUAGUUAUUAUUCUGGACUGAAGAGCUCCUCUCUUACGCACGGACGACACGGUGUGAUGACGCAGGCAAGCUGAUUAUCAAAGGAGGAUUUCUAUCGAGUGUCCUUCACUAACAUUUCUCUCAUUCACACACAGUGCGGAGUUGCAAAGCAGAGAUGUUCAACUGCUCAAUUUGUCUUUUUUUCUUUCUUUCUUCUUCUUGUGUUGAAUUAGUGCGUCAUUUUGUUAGAAGACGGUGGGCAAACUCGCAAAAGAUUUGAUACCAGUUGUAUAUACACAGUAUUUCCUGCUGCGAGGCAAAUCACAGGUUUAUAUUAAUGCCCCGUCGUGUUUUAUUUCUUACUUAACCAACCUGCUUACACCUGUACACUGAGGCAGUAUUUACUUCUUUGAAGUUUAUGUAUGUGAAGAGGAGCUUGAUUUACUCAGUGGAUCUACACGAGAUGAUUUCUCCCUGCCCAAUGUCAUUUCCCAGAGUAAAAAAAA